ACUUUGCAGUAUCUUUGGAAUUUUAUUUUUUAACGCUAUGUAUUUUUCUAUUUGAGCGAGCGGCUAGCUAACUCAUUAUGGUUCAAUUUCUUAAAGCUAGGUAGAUGGCAAGUUGGCCCAACAACAGCCUAGCUAGCAGGAUCCCAUUACUUUUUAUACAGUUUUUGCCAGCUUUUGUUGUCUUGCAAACAGUUGUAUAAGCCGAGCUUUUUAAGACAAUAACUGCGACGACAGCUUUCUUUGUGGACGAUAACUACAACACGGCUGCAGUUCAAUGUGUUAACUUUGCUGGUUGGCUAACAUUAUAAGUCGUGGGGUGAAGUUCUGCAUUCUGAGGGUGCUGCUGGAGUUGUAGUUUUUGCUGAGAGCACCCAAGACACCUGCCCGCACACACUGGCCUUGCCCUCAGUGUCAAAGAACUGACAGACGACCGCCGUGCACAAAGACGCUAUGGAUCGGUCCCCCACCACUAGCGCCCUGAUGGCCAGCAACGUGACCAACAAGACAGACCCUCGCUCGCUCAACUCCCGGGUCUUCAUCGGAAACCUCAACACGCUACUGGUCACCAAGACUGACGUGGAGGCCAUCUUCAGCAAGUAUGGCAAGAUCGUGGGCUGUUCUGUGCACAAGGGCUUUGCCUUCGUCCAGUUUGUCAACGAGAGAUGCGCCCGGGCUGCUGUAGGGGGUGAGGACGGACGCAUGAUCGUGGGACAGGUGCUGGACAUUAACUUGGCCGGAGAACCCAAACCCCACAGGUCAAAGACCACAAAGCGCUCUGCGGGAGACAUGUACAGGUCCGAUUCAAUCAGUCCCACAUUUGAUCUGGACUACGACUUCCAGAGAGAUUACUAUGACCGAGUGUAUUCGUACCCGUCCCGCGUGCCCCCUCCUCCUCCACCCCUGUCCCGAGCAGUGAUCCCAUCCAAGCGCCCGCGGGUCAGCAUGACUGGAGGGGGUAGCCGCCGCACCAAGGCCAGUUUCUCCUCCAAGAGCAGCCAGAGGGCAUCAAGAACAAUGAAAACAGAUGACCUGCAGGCCAUCAAGAAGGAGCUGACGCUGAUUAAACACAAAGUAGACUACCUGCUGGAGAGCCUAGGCCGCAUGGAGAAGGACCACGGCAAGAAGUCAGAAGGGAAAGGUGCCAAGCCUGAACCUGGAGCGGUGUCCUCACUGCAGCACUCCAGCAACAAGAAGGAGGAGAGCAUCAAGAGGGAGAGGGAGAACCAGGAGCUCAACGACUCUGAGGGGGACCUGCUAGAAGAGGAGGUAAAGAGUCAAGAAAGGGAUGAUGAUGACGAAGAGGAGGAAGGAGAACAUGUGGAUGGAGACGAUGGUGACAGUGUCAACGGAGAUGAGGAUUCAUAGACAGACGGAUGCACACUUGUACAGACAAACACAUCCACAACUUCCAGUGGGACCUCCGACUCCUAUUUUAAUUCCCACACUAUGAAAUGUCACUCACCUGCCCCCACUACCACCCUUCCAUUGUCCCACAGGUAUAUAUUUUUCUUGACGCAAUUUAGUUUGUCCCCAUUUCAGCCCCCUCCUAUCAUUAUUAUACAUCUAGCAUUGUCCUGCAGCCAAUUACAUUGGAACUAGCUGUAGGUAGCAAGCAGUAAUACGUGAUUUGCUGUGCUGCUGUUCCUUUUUUUGACCAGCAGAGAGCAGAAAUGGCUGUUUAUUCUCUGACCUGAGCCACAAGUCAAAUCACCACAUUGGCAUUACUAAUCAAGAGAUGACAACUUUAAAGAUUGGGUUAAGGUUUGAAGAAACGGGCCCACCUGAGUAUGUAUGUUCCUUAUAUUCAUGUCAUUAUUUUUAUACUAAGUUGUACUGUAAUAAAUUGCGAUUAAAUACUGUGAUUAAUGCU